UGCAACCGUCACAAGAUGCUACAUGCCUACAGGGUGAGAGCCAGACAUCCCCGAAGCUAUUCGCGAGAAAAGAUGAUGAGCGACUUCAACUUCCGAGUAGCCGAACAUCGUGAAUCGCACGAACAGGAAGAAAUGCGAUACUGGGUUGGAUCAACCGUUCGUUACUCAUCUCAACCAGCAGUGCGAUACGUUCUUCAAGCAGAUCCACAGUACAUUCAAGUUGAUGAAGGACAAGCACAACCAUCAAACUACCUGGCCCUAUCACUUGUGACCAUGCUGUUCUGCUGUUGGCCCUUUGGACUUUGUGCCUUGAUUCAUUCUAGAAAGGUGUCCAGUCGAUGGGAGAGCGGUGAUCGCAGUGGAGCCAUGCAUUCGUCUGCUGCUGCUCGCGGUUGCAGUCUUGCUGGGAUCUUUAUUUCGCUUCUCUUUGUAUUUGCAGCCGUUGUGGUGGUCAUCAUUAAGACUGCAGAUCGGACAACAAGGCCGCAUAGAGUGUGACGUCGUCUGUACGUAAACAUUCACAGUAACGUAGACCGAAGAGAUCUAGACAAUUGUAGGUGUAAAUACGAUGCCACUUUACGUCAAAAAUUUAACAGUGUCAUGAAUAAUUUUUACGUACAAAGCUCUGUGUGUGGUGCUAGCAAUUGCUAUUAAAUAAAUUUUCCGUGAUCACUGUUUUUGGUGAUUUUACU